CCCCUCCCAGAUCUCCUCCACGAUCCCAAAUCCCCGCCGAUGCUCCACUCUUCGCCGGCGCCGACGCCGGAGAUCGACCUCACCGACCUCCCCGCCGUCGCCAUCCUUGGCCGCGGCGCCAAAGGCGUCGUCUUCCACGUCCGCUCCCCCUCCGAACCUCUCGCCCUCAAAGCCAUCUCCCGCUCCUCCAUCGAGCUCAAGACCCGCUCCGGCGCUGGCUCCGACGAUGCCUACAAGCGCGUCUGGUUCGAGCGCGACGUCCUCCUCUCUCUUCACCACCCCCUCCUUCCCACCCUCCACGGCACCGUCUCCACCGACAAGAUCAUCGGCUUCGCCAUCGAUCGCUGCUCCGGUGGUGAUCUCAACUCUCUCCGCCGUCGCCAAUCCGAGCAUAUGUUCUCCGAUGAUAUCAUCCGAUUCUACGCGGCGGAGAUGGUGUUAGCUUUGGAGUACCUUCACGGAUUGGGGAUCAUCUACCGAGAUCUCAAGCCGGAGAACGUCUUGAUCCAAGACACCGGCCAUAUAAUGCUCGUCGACUUCGAUCUCUCCACCAAAAUCCCUCUCCGAUCACCGGAACCCUCAUCCCUCCUCGUUCCUCCAUCCAUUUCUCCCAUGAAAACGAAGAAGAAGAAGAAGUCUCCGCUUCUCCGAUGCUUAUCACGCAAUGUAAACGUCUCACCGGAAACAACCGAUUACCCAACCGCUUCACCAGCCAGCGGCAACGGCGACUCCGGCCACGGUCCGGGUAAGUCAAACUCAUUUGUCGGCACAGAAGAGUAUGUAUCGCCGGAGAUCAUCGCCGGAAAAGGCCAUGACUAUGGCGUUGAUUGGUGGAGCUUGGGGAUCGUUCUCUACGAGAUGCUUUACGGUCGCACGCCGUUCAAGGGCGAGAAUCGGAAGGAGACGUUCUACAGGAUCUUGUCGAAGUCGCCGGAGCUCGUCGGAGAGAGCACGCCGUUGAGAGACCUCAUCGGAAGGUUGCUGGAGAAGGAGCCGGAGAAGAGGAUUGGGUGCGAGGGUAUAAAAAGCCAUGAAUUUUUCAGAGGGGUAGAUUGGGAAUCAUUGUUGCUGAUCUCGAGGCCGCCUUAUAUUCCAUCAGGGGUAGAUUGGGAAGACUCCACGGAUUUCAUUGAUGUUGAGAAGGUCGUUGAGGACGUCUUCGGCGAUAUUUCUUUAAAUAAUAAUAAUAAUAAUAAUAAUAAUAAUAAUAAUAAUAAAGCACACAAAAAUGAUGAUUUUAGUGGGUUUUGAUAUUAUUUUUUUAUUAAAAUUAAUUGUUCAUAUACUUGUUAACUGAAGGGUACUGAUUUGUUUGUUUAUAUCAAAUUAUUUUUAUGAAAAAAAAAUUUUGGGAUUGAAGAAGUGUGACCUUAUAUUAUGCUAUAUUUGUAUUUAAUAAAAUAUAAAAUAUAUGUUUAUUAUAAUAUUAGGUAAAUUUUCAUUUAAAGAAAAUUUAA